AUGGAGACCCCCGCCGCCGGCGAGAUGGAGCCCCCCGCCGGCGAGAUGGAGCCCCCCGCCGGCCUGGGCGCCGCGCCGACGGAGCCCCCCGCCGGCCUGGCCGCCGCGCCGAUGGAGCCCCCCUUCCUUUCCGCCGGCAUGGCAGGGGCCCAUGCCGCCCAGAGGUUGCUUGCCGGCGCCGCCGGCCAGGGGAACUUGGGCGGAGAGGCAUGGGCCGGCAUCGCCGCGCAGGAAGGGCCCCUCGGCGCCGACGGUGAAGGGCCCCUGGGCGCCGACGGUGAAGGGCCCCUGGGCGCCCGCACCAGGGGGGGGUUGGGGGGCGAGGAAGAAGGCGACGGGGAGAUGGUCGGCGGCGGACGAGGUGGCCUGGGCGGCGGCGCAAGAGGUGGUCUGGGCGGCGGCGCAAGAGGUGUACUGGGCAGCGGCGCAAGAGGUAUAGGUCGCAGGGGCGCCGCAGCCAUGUCAGGCACCAGGGGUCGUGGCCGUGUUAGCCAGGGCGGCGGCCGUGACCGUGGCCGUGUGGCCGAGCUUGGCAGCGACGAUGUGGCCGGGCUAGGCGGCGAGCCCAUCGGCCAGGAUGUUGCCGCCGCCGCUGCACAACACUCAGGCGUGAAGAAGACAUCAAAGAGAAAAGCUUGUGACACGGUAAUGAGGUACUUGAGAUAA